AUGGGGCGCCGCGCGUGCGCGCUCGCCGCGCUGCUGGCGGGCGCCCAGGCCUCCCGACUGCUGCGCGCGGGGCCGGCGGCGGCUGCCGGCUCGGCUGAGCACGCCGGCCCACCGCCGGUGGAAGUGGUCGUCGCCGCCUGGGACCACGCGCCGACGUGGGAGCACAAGCUGCUGUCCCGCAUUCGGCCGCCUCCUCGGGUGCGGCUCUACUGCGGCCCGUCGCUGAACGACACGCGGUGCCAGCGCAUCGCCGACCACGGCGCCGAGGAGAGUACGCCUUCCUCUCGCACAUCGUGGAGAACUACGACCGGCUGGCUCCGGUCACGGUCUUCACGCCUGUCAGCGUGUACAGCGACGUCUACGAUUACAUGA